CAUGUAGAACUGAACUGACCGUGGUCAUUGCGAGGAGCAGCGCAGCGCGGGAGGACGUUUUGCGCGUUUACGCUGUGUGAAUGUUAUUGUUGUGAAGGAAGAAGCCUGAUAAAUUAAUGAACUUUGAAACAGCUUGAAGGCUGGUGGUUGACAAGUUGCCAGACAUCGGAUGCGCGCCGGAUUCAACUGACAGGAUGGAGUGAGACAAUUUACGCACAGAGGUUGCCUCAAGGAUUGACCUUUGUGGGAAUCAUUCCUGAGACAAACACAUCGGUAAGGAUGUAUCAAUGAAGAAUGUGAGCUCGCCUGACUCUCUUCAGACGGGGUGGAUGCAGCCCUCGGCGGUGUCAUGCGUCUUGCCCCGCAGCCAAGCGCGCAACCCUUGCGGCUCUUAGUUCUGCUCCUCCUCACCGUGGGGGGGAUCACAUCUCCGGUGCUCACCCCGGGCUGCCCGGACAGGUGCGUGUGCGAUGACCAGCUGGUGGUUCAAUGCGCGGGGCAGCACCUGACCACCUUCCCGGUCAACUUGCCUCUGUCCACGCGGCAGCUCAUCAUCUCCAACAACCGUAUCGUGGAGCUUCCGCCGCUCGCGCUCAACUACCUCUCGGACCUGGUGUACCUGGACUGCAGCAACAACUCCCUCACGGAGAUCUCCGAGUCCACGUUUGGGAAUUUACGGAAGCUGGCCUACCUGGAUCUCUCCUUCAACACCUUGGUGCGGAUCGAGGACAGGACCUUCGGGCCCUUGGCGAGCCUGGUGAUGCUGAGGAUGACCGACAACCCGGGGCUCUCGGAGAUCCACCAUGACGCCUUUGUGGAUAACGCCGCCCUGCAGGUGCUGGAUGUGAGUCGCAACAACCUGACGGUGGUGAACAUCACCUCCCUGAUCGCGCUGCCCGCCCUGCGUUCCGUGGGGCUCAGCGGGAACCCAUGGAGCUGCGAGUGCGAGAACGAGGACCUGUGCCUGUGGGUGCACCUGGAGGACUUCAAGUUUCAAGAUGAGGGCCAGACGGUGUGCAGCUCACCUGCUGACAUGCAGGGCCGUCGUCUUGGUGAGGUGGGCAUCCAGCUACGGACGUUAUGUCACCAGACCCUGGGCUCCUGGGACUACCUUUUCUUUGUUGUCAUCGGCUUUGUCAUCUUUGCUGCUGGCACCGUGUCGGCCUGGGUGAUGGGCGUCAUUAUGGUGCUCUAUGAGCGCUACAUCAAGAAAAAAGAGGAGCAGCUGGACCCGGAAGAUGAGGAAGAACUCGGUGACAGGAGAGACCAUGGCAACGGGAAUUUGAAAAUGUCACAUACUGUUUAAAACAUUUAUUCCCACUCUUCCCAUUUAGGAUUUCCCACAGUGCCUCGUGACUACUUCCAGGACUGUAUGUGAAGUUUUAUUACACUUCAGUCAAACUGAGUCUGUUUAACAGGCUCAGCCCUGAAAGAGAAGAGAGGAUUCAACAGAGAAUCAGAAUGUCAUUCUUCACAUUUGGAGUGGGCUUUCGGGUGAUGUAACACACUCUGGCUGCCAUUGUGGAGCUCUCUAGGCCCUGGUUAUUACUGACCGCAUAUGCAAAUGUAUGACUAUGUAGUAUUUAUUUAUUACUUUGUAAUUUUUUACAGGGAUAAGCCAAUAAGCUGGUUAUCUUGGAAGCAGCUAGCUGGUCUGACUGUGACCGAAUGCUUUAGCUUUGUUGCUAAGAGUCAGAGAAGAUUAGUACCACUCACCUUUCUCUCAUCAGUUGACUUUUGAUCGUUUUUAACUAUAUGUUACCAGUUAAAGGAUUUUAGUCAUCAGAUGAUCUUAAUUUAACAGAGGAAAAGGCAAAGCAACAAUGCUAGUUAGCUAGCAGCCUUUCCAGACGGAUGUUGAACAGCAUUGGAGACACACUGAGUUUGAUCAGAGAACUCAAAAAACAAGAUACUUGUUUACAGUUUCAGAGGUGCUAGUAGUUGUAUUUUGUUACCUUUUUAACAGAGCUAAGCUAGCGGUUUCCCGCUCUUUCAGGACAUUGUGCAAAGCUAAGCUUACCGGCUGCAGGCUAUAGGUUCAAAUUCAAAGAACAAAUGGAAGUGGUAUCAAUCAUCUGACCUAACUCUUGUCGAGAAAGCCCAAAAUGUUUUAAACAAAAAACACCACCUUGGUCUAGCUACCCAUCGAAGAACAACAGUAAUCAGUGGCGGUUCUAGACCAAUUUGACUGGGGGGGGCCAGGCUGGGGCCAGUUAUUUUCUGAGAGGGGCACAAUAAAUGCAGGACGAAAAAGACAAAGACAGU